CCGAUGCCCGAGGAGGACUGCAUGAAGCUGAACCCUUCCUUUGUGGGCAUCGCCCUCAGCUCCCUGCUCGCCAUCGACCUUUGGGCCUCCAAGCGCCUGGGCGUCUGCGCCGGAGAGGGCUCGGCCUGGGGCAGCGCCCGCCCCCUCAUGAAGGUCAUCGAGGUUUCAGGGCAUGGCAUCCCCUGGCUGCUCGGCACCUUCUACGGACUCUGCCAGAGCGACAGCUCAGCGGCCAGAGAGGUGCUGCUCAACCUGCUCUUCGCAUUGCUGCUGGAUCUCGUGAUGGUGGCAGUGGUGAAAGGGAUUGUCAAGCGGCCACGGCCCACCCACAACAAGAUGGACAUGUUCGUCGCCAUCUCAGUGGACAAGUACUCCUUCCCAUCGGGCCAUGCCACCAGAGCUGCCUUGGUCUGCCGCUUCGUUCUGCGCCACCUGGUGCUGGCCGUCCCGCUGCGGGUCCUCAUGGUGCUCUGGGUUCUCAUUGUUAGCAUUUCAAGGGUCAUGCUGGGCAGGCACAACAUGACAGAUGUGCUGUUUGGUCUGCUGCUGGGCUACGUCCUGUACAGUGUGGUGGAGUACUGCUGGCUGUCCCCGCUCAGCGUGCCUGCCCUCUUUGCGCUCUGGAGCCAUUGA